UUCUCUCUCCGCGGGAAUUUAUUUUCGGUCGCUCGUUCGACGCCUGUGCAGCUGCUGCGCGAAGCGAAGCGAAGCGGGAUGAGGCGGUGCGAGGCGGUGCGAGGCGAGGCGAAGCGAGCUAUGGUGAAGCCGCGAAACUACCCGCGUGUACAAGACGAGUCACAAAACUGAAAACGCUGGCGCGUUUCUUUAUCACGUGAUUUUGCACUUUAGAGAUCGUCUAAUAAUCUCUUACUAUCACGGCUCGUCUGUCCUAUUAAUCUUGUUCUUGCGUUGUUAUUGUAUCAUUAAUGCAACCACAUGUAGUGUUUCAUAUUUUUAUUUUUGGAAAUGAAGGAAAUGAAGGCGUAAAUAAAAUGAUGGUUGCGAAAUAACGUCAGAAUUGAGGCUGCCUGACGUUAUGAUUUGACAAAAGUAACGCUGGCUAACAAUAAGCUGUUCUCGUUUCUUUCUCUACGCGUCAUUGUUGUUUGAAAUCCCUACGUUUACUGCGGUCAAUUAAGUUGAUAAAAAAUUUAUCGAGAAAUAUAUUCUGUUUAACUCGUUGUUCUAUUUAAGAAUGAGAGAAGGUGGCAGACGAAUGUACGCAUAGAUACAUAACAUUGGUUGCACCCCAGUUAUUGCGUUCUAUUUUGCUCCACUGCCCAUUUCAUUUCUCUUUCCGGAUGGAAAAGUUUUCGCAACCUUCUUUUUGCGGAUUGCAAACACGCCCGAAAAUGACACAUUUUGAUUUAUCAAACGGAACCGAGAACUUUAAAACUAAAGACAAUACAAAUUUUCCAUUUUAUACAUACUAACGUCUAGCUUGUGAUAUUUCUCUUCUAUUGGAUCUUUGUACCAAUUUUUCUAAUCUCUUUCUUCAUACACUAUUUGAUCUUCUUUUAUUCCGUUCAUUGUCCUAGUCUAAAACCAUUGUCUUUGCUAUUUCUAUAUUCUUGUCUCUCCCUCCCUAAUUCCUAUUCUUCGCUUCUCUCUCUCUCUCUCUCUCUCUCUCUCUCUCUCUCUCUCUCUCUUUCUUUCUAUUCACACAUACUGCUUCAUUGCGUUCUUGUAAAUUUUUCUGUACAUUAUUCACUAUUAUAAUUAUUUUAAAAGAUCACAGCGCUUAAGAAAACUUAGUCUUCCAAGAAAUAAUUCUAUUUUAGUCUUUGCAGUACGUAACAAUAUUUCAUAUUCUGAGAAUUUAUAUCGGGUAUUUCCAUUGUAGUAUCAGGUAACUGUAAUUGUAUAUCGCCACGAGAACGUAAGAUUUGUAAAUAACGCGGGAACCUGUAGCGCGACCGAAAUAGUUCGCGCGUAAGAAAGUUUAGAUUUCCUUGAAACAUACCGCGAAACGCAGAUCGCUUUAUAUCCGUGCUGAACUAUCCGCUGACGUCGCUAUUCAAAUAAACGCUUGAACGUCUAUGCGAAUAAUGGCAGCGCUAACGCAAACACGUCGACGACUUAGUGAGCAACGCCGAUUGGUUCCGACAAGCACGACGGAGUAAACACACUGUGAACGCAAUGCGUAAUGCACGAGGUCGUCUGUCUGCUGAUGGAAGCCGCUUUCCAAGCGGAGCCUGUUAACCCACUCGGGGCUCCAGUACACUCGCCGCCUUUGGUCCCACAUGUCGUACAGUGCGCGAGUGCGCUUUCAAUGCAUGUCGAGGAUUUCGCAAAAGUUUUGGCAACUCCGACCUUGAGUCAAAUCUGCUGGUCAUAGUGGCCCAGAUUCCGGCGAGCCGGAACUAGCUGAUCCAGGAAAAUGAAGGGAUGGUUCGAUGCCUUUCGCAACGACGGCGGUCCGACGCUCUACAGUUACAGCAACCGCACUCCUGUCACCGGUGAUGUUCCCUUGGUUAUCGUAUUCGUGAUAUUCGGCACUCUGUUCACGGCAUUUCUAGUCAUAUUUCCGGGCGUCAGGAAAGAGCGGUUAACCACAUUUCUCACGGUUACUCUGAGCCUCUUCGUGGGUGCAACGAUUCAAGUGGCGCAAUACGGCUCAUCCUGGCAUACGAGCUCCGCUACCAUUGUCAGCUCUUACAGCGCUUUCUCCAAGCAUAAGGCAACGGCCGACAUAGGCGGUUACAUCGGUUUAAUGCACAUCAAUAUAACAUACAGGCUAUUGCCAAGGAACGAGCAGACGAAUGGUGACGUCGAAUAUAAUGAAAGAUUUUGGUGGCGGAGUUCUGGCGAAAUGACUAGUGCAUUCAAGCAGGCUCUUCAUCAGGGUGCGCCGUUCCCUAUUAUUUCCUUGGCGGAAUAUUUCAGCCUCCAUCAAGAGGGAUUUUCUUGGGGUUCACGAUAUCGCGAAGCUGGAUAUUAUGCUUCAAUAAUGUUAUGGACCUCCUUUGCCUCAUGGUUAAUGAUGAAUUUGUUACUUAUGAUGGUACCGCGAUAUGGGGCAUACGGCAUGAUUUUCACGGGUUUAUGCAUGCUGUUAACAAACCUGAUCUACUCGACACUCUUACCAUGUGAACCUCUGAUAGCCCACAUCGAAGGCUCAAUUCUUUCUUUCAAUCUCGGCUGGAAUUAUUGGUUGGUGUUAUCAGCUGGUGCUGCAUGCCUCUUCGCGGGACUCGUAAUAACAGCUAUAGACAUGAUCUUCCCUCAUCAAUUUUCGACCAUACUCGAAGUCGACUACGACACACCGUAUGAUAGGCACGUCAUUAUAGAGGAGAGUUUCGAUACGCGUAACAUUAGGCGGAAAGUUCCCAAGAUUGAAGAUUCAUUCGGCGAUCGAAUAAUGAGUCAACUGUCAUCUAAACUUCAAAAUAGACAUGCAGUUAAAGAGGAUAUCGAAGGUGUCAUUAAUCGGGGCUAUACGUCACACGAGUUGUCCGAAUUCUCGCGAGAAAUUGGUGAUGAGUCCAGCAAAAGUAAUUGGUCGUAUCCAUUCCCGCCAACCUCACGCAGAACCAUUAAUGCUUAAUAUAUUUCUCAAAUGCUACGGACAAUUACGAUACUCAUCGACAUUUCCUAAACGCUAUUAAAAAUACUUAGAUAGGUAUUUUAUUUUAUAA